GUGUUGGAUUCAAUGGUUUGAAAUGGUUGAUAGUUUCAGGUGCCCUUUGGGGUGAUUUGUUGAUAGUUUCUGCAAUUUUGUAAUCUUACCAAGCCCUCUACUUUGAUUAAGAACGGAAUCAGCUUCUGCAAUUUUGUAAUCUCAUAUCUCGGUUUCCAUAAGGCUGCUGGUGUGUAUGGCAGCAUCCGAAUUUAGAAACUCAAGUAGUUCUGUUGUAGGAAGAUUGAUGUACCCUUCAAUCAAUUAGAAUUCAGAAAUCUCUCUACUCAUCAACUGAAGCAACAGUAAAAGCAGAGGAAGGAGGCUGCACUUGAGGUGUGUUAGCAGCAAUAUUUUGGAUAGAAUGAAUACAAGAAUCAUAGAAUCAAAAGUAAAGAACUGAAUCAUAGAUUGGAGGGGGAAGAAGAAGAAGAAUUUGGUUGAUAGAUAGCAGUGGUGAUCAUGUCGCAGCAAAGGCAAUUCCAUCACCAGAUGAGUGGGCAUUACUACAGCAAUGUGAAUGACACUACUCUCCUCGCUAUGCCGAUCAAGGAAUGGUCUUCUCCCAGACCCACAAGCCAUCGGUUUUGAAUCAUCAGUUCCAGCAGCAGCAGAGCAUGUUGUCUCCCAUCAACACCAGCUUCUCCCCAAGGAGCGUGGUUGAUCACCCCGCUGCGCUGUUGCAGAUAUCGUCGCCACGCAAAGUAGUGGAGCCCAUUUCGCCAAUGAGCGCUCGGAUUUCGUUGCUGGCUCAGCGGGAGAAGCAGCAGCUGAGAAGUCUGAGCUUGAGGGAGCUGGGGUCGAACAUUCCAUCUGCCCUCAUCGGUGGUGGGGGGGUCACCGGUGUAUUUGUCGAGAUGGGGCUCGUCGGGUGGGAGACCAGACUGGACCCAAUUCCUGAUGGUACCCGAAUUGAUCCUGAUCCAUCACCCCCACCGCCGCCGGGCCUCUAGCUCCUUCUCCGAAACCCUGGAGAUCCGAAUCGACCGCGUCCGAACCCGGAUCGGAGGCAGCAAGUUCGUCAUUCCCGAUGGCGAGGUCGAACACGACGAACCGCUCGAUGGUGGGCCGGUUGUGGUCGGAGGCAGCAAUGUCGAAUCGAUCCUGAUCCAUCGUCCUCGCCGGUCAGUCGAAAGCGGAGGCACCGGCGUUCGGCAUCGUCGAAGCCGCCGACGAAGAUCUGGAAGCCUGGAACACGAUGGUCGCUGACAGCCAAAGUUACACUUUAGUACCUGAAGUUGUUAAGAAGAUACAAAUAGGUCCAACAUCAUAUGUGGAAAAUUACAUUUUAAUACAUUAAAAAUUUCGCU